CUUCUUCAGGUGACCGGGGGCGCCAAGGCCGAGGCUGUGGCGGACCAGUGGGAGUUGGCCUUCGCUCAACCCGCCUCUGACUACAUGGGGAUGAAGGCGCGGUUGGAGCGGGAUAACGUGUGUGUGGAGAAUGUCAUGAUCAAGGAGGCAGAGGGCAAGAUCACCGGAACAGUCAAGGUUCGAAAUCUCUCCUUCAACAAGUCGGUGAAGGCUAGGUACACCGUCAACAACUGGACUGCCUGUGAGGACGUCGAGGCCGACUACGUCCCCUCCAAGACCACGGCCACGGGCGCUUCCUACGACAUCUACGACACCUUCACCUUCAACAUACCGCUGCCCGUGACCUCGCUCGCAGACAAGAUCGAGUUCUGCGUCUGCUACAACUGCGACGGCGCGGAGUUCUGGGACAACAACAACAGCAAGAACUACGUCGUGGUGUCCUUCAGGCCCAAGUCGAAGCCACUGGAAGGAAAGCCCAAGGAUGUUUACGACGUGCAGAUCGAUGCGUGGAGUGAGUUCGCGUCCUGGAACCAUCUGAACAUCAAUGAUUCGCCCUACUGGUGAGGGUCCCGCGGCGAGAAAGACGAGGGAUCAUCACGCCAAGACUAGAAGAAGGAGGAGGAGGAGAUGAUUUUAUGAUGCUGAAACGGAACGAGACACGGAUGAGACGAGAUGACUACGUGGGGUUUUGGAUGGAAGGCGGGUGAAGGAAAGAGAAAGAAGAGAUGAUAUAAGGAAAGGAAGGAAAGGAAAUGGAUGAAAAGAAGACAAAAACGGAUUAUAGAAGAUGGAUGGAGGAAAGAGUUAGAAGGAAGCAAAAAGGAAUGAAGAAAAUGAAGUUCAGGAAAAGCGCAAAGAGAAGCUGAAAUGAAAGGUUGAAAAGAAAUCGCAAAAACGCAAAAAACGCAAGAUUGUGGAAAGACGGGCGAAGGAAAGAGUUUGAACGAAGAGGAUAAAAGAAAGGAAAUGGAAGGAGGUGCAAAUGGCCGAGAUGCGAGGAGGAAGAAAACGAAUUUGAAAAGGAAAUAUUGGAAAGAGAAAGAAAGAAGAGAGAAGAGAGUUGAGCCGGUUGAAGUGACACAGAAGAAAGGAAGGUGAUAGAGGAAGAGUGAAAAGGAGAAAAAUAGAAGAGGUGAUUGAAGUGACUUGAUUGAAACUUAACUAAAGGAAAUGAAGAUGGAAGGGAUGAUGCUUUUCUGUGUCAGUGGAAAACAAGUCUUUUUUUGAGAUUCGCACACGCAAAAAAAAAAAAAACUGGAUGAAAAAAUGAAAAUGGAAAAGACUGACGAAAAUGAAACUUAAGAAAGAGAAAAUGAAAACUUGAAAUAAAGAAAAAUAAGAAGAAACAAAAAAUGAACAGAGGAAAUUUGAGACGGAGAAAGAGAGAGAGAUAAGAGACAGGAGGGGAAAAAAAUCUACACAAAGUGACUUGAAACGAGAAAGAUAAAUAGAGAUAAAGAGAGAUAGAGAUAGAGAAGCAUACCCAAACAUACAUACAUACAUACAUACAUAUAAAGGAAGAAACAAAUGUAUGUAUGUAUAUUUAGAAUCCCAACCAGCCUGAUUUUAAUGAUAGUUUAGCCGCGGUGUGUGUGUGUGUGUGUGUGUGUGUGUGCGUGUGUGUGUGUGUGUGUGUGUUGGCGGUGCUAUUCGGUGUAACAUAACGUAACACACACACGACGAAUCUUGCUCUUGUGUUAAGUUAACGUAGUUUUGUUCAGCGUUUUGCGUAGUGGCGAGAUAUUUCGUUAAAGUGUUAUGGAAGAGGAGGAGGAGGAGGAGGAGAUAGCGGAGAAGGAGAGGAAUAAGAGGAAAUAGUAAUAAAUUUUCCUCUAGUAAUGAGUCUAGAAAAUUACAUACGAAAAAAAGAAGAAAUAGAAGAGGAAGAAAAAGAUGAAAAUAGUUGAAUAGAAUGAAAAAAAAAGAAAAUUGACUGAAGGAGGAGAAGGAGGAAAAUAGAUAAUGAUGAAGAUAGAAAGAAAGAAAAGAAAAGAAAAGAAAUAUUAGAAAACUCAAAAGUGCAGUUCAUGUGGUUUUUUUUUAUAUAUUUUACACACACACACACACACACACACACACACACACACACACACACACACACACACACACACACACACACACACACACACACAUGAUGCAGUAGUUGUGAUUGUGAAAAUAGAUAAAGAAAAAUAAACUUGCAAAAAAAAGAUUAAAAAUUAAAGCACUCGUACGAUGGACCACAACCUAAAUAAAGAAAGAAAAGAAAAAGAUCGUAAAUUUAAAGAAAGAGUAAGAAAAGAAAAAGAUCGUAAAUUUAAAGAAAGAAGAAAGAAAUAAAGAAAGCAAAGAAAGUCUGCUGAAAAUUAUCAAACCCAUACACCAAAAAAAAUAAAAAUUGACAUCCACGAAAUAUGAAAAACAAAAGAAAAUCAGAGAAAACAAAAACUGGAACAGGAAACACAAAAGAAAAACUGGACUGGUAGUGGCAAAGAGAGAAAGAAAAAUAAAGAAAAAGAAAACAUUGAUAAAAGUGGUGAACAAAACAAAAGAAAGAAAACAACAUGAACGUGAAAGUGAAUGAAAAAGAGAAAGUGAAAGAAAGAAAGAGAGAGAGAAAUGAUCAAGUCAACUUCGCCUCCAAGAAGAAGAAGAAGAAGAGGAGGAGGAGAACUAGGAAGAGGAAGGGGAGGAGGAGGUAUGACAGGGUUACCUCCACCGUGCCUCUCCCUCCCUCCCUCCCUCCUACGUUCCCUCCAUCCCUCCACAUAAGGCACAGAAGAAGGAAGGAAGGAAGGGCAGCUCAGAAAUCGUCGGUCGUCCAUAUUGAGACAGCAGCGAUGAUAUAGAAUUUGUGAAGCUACUAGUCGUUCAUCGCAAGGAUCUGAGUGAUGACCCAAGGUGAUGACCCGCGCUGACCUGACCUGACCUGACCUCACAUCCGACCAUCACCACUACUCAAAUUUCAUCAUCACAAAUGCCACUACCACCACCAAGAUCGUUACGGAGGAUUAACCACCACCACAACCACAACCACCCACCGCUGAUCUGGCCCGACCCAAAACUACGCAAGGAAGAGAAGAUGAAGGAGAAGAAGAGAAAGAGGAGGAAGAAAACGUAAAUACCCACCACCUCCACCACUACCACCACCAACAACAACACGAGUAGAAACCGCAACGAAAAGAACUUGAACUUGAACUUGAAGAACACGAAGAAGAAACCACGAAGAAGAAAAGAAGAAAACAAGAACGAGAACUGGGAAACAUAUAACCACCACCACCACCACCAUUACUACAUUUUGAAGAACCAGAGAGAGAGAGAGAGACUAAUACCACACCACCACCAUCACCACCACCACGCCUUCAGUGCCUCAGAAGAAGCAGAAGCCCAACACUACACGCCUUCCUCCCCACACGCCCUUCCUCCCCACGCCUUUCCCAUUGCCAGAGAAGACUUAGAAGGGCUUUGGAAGGAAGGGCGUUGAAGGAGGAGUGUGUCAAAUAAGGCUUUUGGUGUUGUGAGUUGAGAAGGAAAGAAAGAAAGGAAGGAAGAAAGAAAGACAGGAAGGAAGAAAAAAGGAGAGAAGGAAAAGGUGAUGAAAAUGGGAAGUUAGCGAGUGAGUGAGUGAUUUGGAGUUUAAUUAAAGAGGAAGAAAGGGAAGAAAAGGAAGGAUAGAGAAAAUAUAAUGAAAAGAGAAGGAAAAUAAUGAAAAAGAAUGAAAAUAUAUAUAAUGAAAAGGCAAGAAAAUAGGGAAAAUUAAUGAUGAUGUUUACUAUAAUAGGGAGGUGAUCUUACUAUUAUUAAUGAUAGUAAUUGCAUAGUCCCAUCACCACUACCACCACCACCACCACCACCACGAUCACAACCACACCAUAAUUCGUCUGUGAUACAUGAAAGAAAAAGAAUAAAAGGAGAUGAAGAAAAUAAAAAAAAGCAGGUGAUGUGAUAAUGAAGAAUAUAAUGAUGAUGAUGAUGACAAAGAAAAUACAGUGAGAAAAAUGGUGUUGGUGGUGAUUGUGAUGGUGAUGAUGGUGAUGAGAUGGUGAUGAUGAUGAGGUGGAGAGAGAAACAGAGGCAUAAAAAUGAUUGAGAGAAAAAGACAGACAGUGAUAAAUAUGGAAAGAGGAGGAAAAGAGAGAAGAAGAGGAAGAGGAGGAAAAGAGGAGGAGUUGAAAUGAAAAUGAUAAAAAGAGAGAAAAACAGACAGACAGAUGGAAAAGAGGGAAGAAAAAGAAGAAGAGGAGGAGGAGGAGGAAAGAGAGAUGAAGACAAAAAAAUGCCACAGAAAGAGAUAAAGAGGAGGGAAGAAGAAGAAGAAAAAAAAGAAAGGAGAGACAAACGAAGACACAAGAAAAAUAAAUUACCAGAAAGAAAAAGAGAUGAAAAAAAGAUGUUAGAGGAGACAGAGAGGUGGAAAGAAGGAAAGAAAGAAGAGUACGGUAGAAGACAUGGAUAAAGAGAGAGAGAGAGGGAGGGAGGGAGGUGCAGGCGAGUGUUCCGUACCGUUCCGCUGCAUUGUGUUCCGUUCAAAGUGUUUAUAUUAUCUCUUAUGUGUUAUCCUCAUGUGCAAUACAAGGCCACUGCUUCUCUCCACUCCCCCGGGCGACCCUUCCCUUCCCCUGCCCUCCCCAGCAUCCCCUUACCUCUCAACCCCUUCCUCUCUUCCCCAUCCUCAGUUCAUCUCCCUUCUUCCCCUUUCUCCAGCAUUCCUUUAUCUCUUACCCCCUUCCUGUCUUCCAUUACAGCCUCCCUAUCUCUCUGUUCCUCUCCCUUCUCCUCCUUCUCUUCCCCAGCAUCCCCUUAUCUCUCUCUCACUCCCUUCCCCCUUCCCUUACAGCUUCCCUAUCUCUCUGUUCCUCUCCCUUCCUCCCCUUCUCUCCCCAGCAUCCCUUUACAUAUCUCUCCUUUCCCUUCCUCCCCUUACAGUCUCCCACUUCUCUCCUCCCCCUUCCCUCCCUUCCCUUCCCCUGCAAUCCUCUACUCUCUCCCCUCUCCUUUCCUUCCCCUUACCCAUGUCUCCCUACCCUCAAUACAUCUUCCCUUUCAUAUCCUUACCUGACCUUACCUGUUAAUGAGCUUACCUGGCUUUUCUACACCCCUCCCGUACACCUUACCUUACAUAUCCUUACCUUACCUAACAUGAACUGAUAAUUUACCUAUCUUGCCCACCUGGUGCUCGGCGUUCCCCUGGGCACCUGGUGGACACACGGGGGAGGGCUUACCUAAGGGGAGCGGCGCCCCUGGGAGGAGGGAGGCAGGUGACGGGCAGGUGAAGACAGGUGUCACGUGUGGGUCGUCGCUUCACCUGUUGACCAAUGAGAGUCUUGGUUAGCUUGUUAGAGGCUAAGUGGUACAAAUCAUUACUAUUCUUUACUAUUUUACUAUGUUAUUAUUCUAUGUUUUUAGUUUGUCUGAAUCCCACCAACACGCCCCUCCCACACCCACACCCACCCACACCCACACACAACCCAUGCUCACUCGCAGCCUCACCCUCAAUUUUUACUGUUUUACUUUGAUAUGUUGAGUUUAUUUGAACCUACCAACACACCCUCACCCACACCUCCCCCCCACACCCAGACCCACCCAUGCCCAGACUCACCCAUUCAGUUACUAUGCUAUGUUGUUAUGAUAUGUUGAGUUGAUUGAACCCACCAAAACACACACAUACACACACACACUUAAACCCUUCCACUACUAACACAUUCAAGUACCCACCCACUAACACUAACCCAUCCACGUCUUCCUACUCCACCCACCUACCCACUUACCCACCGUAGUCCCCUUUCCACGCAUCCAUCCACUCGUCCAUCCUUAGCUAGUGAGAUUGAGAGAGAGAACGAAAGAGGGAGAGAGAGAGAGUUAAUGAUAAGUCUUUUGCUAACACGAAAAUGGGAGAUAGAGAGAGAAUGAGAGGGAGAGAAAGAGAGAACGAGAGAGUGUUAUGCCUUCUGUUAACACGAAAAUGGGAGAUAGAGAGAGAAAAAAAGAGAAUGAGAGAGAGAGAGAGAGAAAGAGAGUUAAUGAUAAGUCUUUUGCUAACACGAAAAUGGGAGAUAGAGAGAGAAAAGAGAGAAUGAGAGGGAGAGGAAGAGAGUGUUAUGCCUUUUGCUAUCACGAAAAUAAGAAAGAGAGAAAGAAAGAAAGAAAGAAAGGGAGAGAAAAGAGAUAGCAAAAAGACUGAAGUAGCUAUCACGGAAGAAGAAGAAAACUGGGUCACCGCGCAGUCCUUUCCUUCAGAACAGACAACAACAAACAGCAACAACCUUCUGAUAAAUUGGAGAGCGAGUAUAUCAGUCCUUCAGAGCUUCCUUUCCUUCUCCCCUUCCCGUUCCCCGCAAUGCACUAUCAGAAACGGCAUUAUCAGGAGGGAGAGGAAGGAAACACACACACACACACACACGUACACAUAUACACACACGCUAUCUUAGACUCGAGGGUAAAAAUAAAUGCUAUAUGCGUGUGUGUGUGUGUGUGUGUGCUUGAGGGGAAAGAAAGUGAGCUCUCUUGGAAAUAUAUGUGUGUGUGUGUUUGUGUGAGAGCUUGCGAAAGUGUUGAUGUUGAUGUUGCUAGUGUUGUCCGCUCAAGGAAAGCGCUCACGGAUGUAAUUCUGAAGCAAUGUUGCCAAGUUAUCGUACUCAAAACAUCGCAUUCAUCAGUUCCAGGGCCCAAAACUGUCCUAGCCACACAGAUAACGAGAUUCCAGUUAAAGUUCUCGUUAAAAGCGUUACUUAUCGGCGUUUGUUUGCGAUAGCUGUGACUCGGAACCGGAAAAUGCGAUGUGCUGAGUGCCUGAGUACGAUAAUUUGUUAACCCUGCUCUGAAGUCCUUGAAUUCGGAGGAAGGAAAGUGUUAAAAGCUGACUGACUCCCAAGCGAUGAUAUGGACGAGGAGAUGGAAGGCUCUUUGGUGGACGAGAGAGAGAGAGAGAGAGAGAGAGAGAGAGAGAGAGAGAGAGAGAGAGAGAGACUGACUAACCAACCAACUCUUCCCUUCACUGAGGCAGCUGAGAGAGAAAGAUAGAUAGAUAGAGAGAGAGAGAGAGAGGCCUUGAUUGAAAAGCCUACAGCCGGCAGUCGAUGUAUGUGUGUGUGUGUGUGUGUGUGUGUGUGUUUUAUGUAUGCAUGUACGUAUAUAUGUGUUUCUAUAUAUAUGUAUGUAUGCUACUAACCGUACGAAAGGUAGCUAACUCACAUUUGUAUACAUUUUCCCAUCCUUUUCCUUCCCUUCCCUUCCCUUCCCAUUCCCUUAAUCUCAUCCCUUCCCUUCCCUUCCCAUUCCUUUAAUCUCAUCCCUUCCCUUCCCUUCCCAUUCCUUUAAUCUCAUCCAUUCCCUUCCCUUCCCAUCCCAUCCCUUUAACCUCAUUCCCUUCCUUUCCCAUCCCUUUUAACCCUCCUAUCCUUUCCCUUCCCAUCCCUUCCCAUCCCCUUAAUCUCAUCCCUUCCCUUCCCUUCCUUUCCCAUCCCAUCCCUUUAACCUCAUUCCCUUCCUUUCCCAUCCCUUUUAACCCUCUUAUCCCUUCCCUUCCCAUCCCUUACCUUUAACUCCCUCUCUCCUUCCCAUCCCAUCCCUUACCUUCCCUUACCUUUAACUCCCUCAUCCCUAUCCCUUCCUAUCCCUUAACCCCUUCCCAUCCCAUCCCUUCUAACUUCCCCCUCCCAGUAAUGAUAACAAUGAUGAUGAUAAUGAUAACACAUCUACGAAUCAGUGGAUAUGAAUACUAAUCUUGCAUCACGUAUCUAUGUAUCUUCCAUGUAUGAUGAUAAGACAACACAUUAUGAAUAGAUUAUAAGAGGGAUUGUGAACCUCUUAGUAAACCUCUUCAAACCCCACGAACACUCUUUCUUGAUCCUCUUUCUUCCGUCUUUCAUCUCAAAACUCCCCUUCAUCUUUUACGUAAGGGAUUGUGAACCUCUUUAAACUCCCUCAGAUCCCCUCUCUUGAUCCCUUUCUUCCCUGUCUUUCAUCUCAAAACUCCCCUUCAUCUUCUACGUAAGGGAUUGGACACAGAAAUAGAAGGGGUCGUAAAGGGAAGAUGAGCAGAAUGAGCUGAAAGGGAGUGUGAACCUCUUAGUAAACCUCUUCAAACCCUUUCUUCCCUGUCUUGCAUCUCAUAACUCCCCUUCAUCUUCUACGUAAGGGAUUGUGAACCUCUUUAAACUCCCUCAGAUCCCCUCUCUUGAUCCCUUUCUUCCCUGUCUUGCAUCUCAUAACUUCCCUUCAUCUUCUACGUAAGGGAUUGGACACAGAAAUAGAAAGGGUCGUAAAGGGAGAGUAGAAAGGAUUCGGGAAAUGGAAAGGAUUAUAAAGGGAUUGUGUAGAGUCUUAGUGGUAGACAGGGAGGGAGAAAUAUAGAGUAUGAGGCUAGUAUUUUUUUUUAUACUGUAGUCUGGCCUCCUCUUGUGCUGUUCCCCGCCCCAUACACACAUACACUCCCUUCAUAAACGCUCCUGACCUGACCUGACCUUUCUAGCCGAAUGUGACCUUUACCUGACCUUUCUAGCCUAAUGUGACCUUUACCUGACCUUUCUAGCUUAAUGUGACCUUUACCUGACCUUUCUAGCCUAAUGUGACCUUUACCUGUAUCCCGCCUGACCUUACCUCACCUUACAUAACCUAAUCUAAAGUUGCUUACCUAGCUUUACGACCUUUACCUAUAUCCAAGUUGACCUUACCUUACCUUGCCUGAAGUGACCUAAGCUGACCUCUUCCCGUGUCUUACUAGCUCCGGGUCAUCCCCUUAAGUGGCUUCAUUGACCUCUUAGGUAGUACUGCUGACCUUACCUUACCUAAAGUGACCUAAGCUGACCUCUACCUGUGUCUUAGUAAUCCCUAACCUAACCUGACCUUACCUUACCUGACCUAACCUAACCUAACCUUACCUUACCUUACCUAACUUAACCUAACUUAACCUUACCUAACCUGACCUAACCUAACCUAACUUAACCUAACCUUACCUUACCUAACCUGACCUUACCGAAAGUGACCUAAGUUAACCGUGACCUCUUCCAAUAUAGCUAAGUCGCCCUUGGAAGCGGUCACCUGUAUACACCUGUCGAUGUUACAUUAAUUACCUUACCAUAAUUAACUAGCACGCACGGUCGACUUAAGAUAUUAUUACUGAUGAGGGAUUGUCGACCAGGUUGUGUGUGUGCGUGUGUGCGUGCGUUUGUGUGUUAAGGUGUCAUAUUCUAGAGGUCCUUAAAAUGAUAGUGAUGAUGAUGAUGACGAUGAUGAUAAUGAUGUUACUAGUAUCGUUAGUAUUAUCAAUUAUGCUCUACUACUACUACUAUUACUAUUAUUGUAUGAGUAAUGAUAUGAAAUGCCUACUAUGAUUAUAUGUAUGUAUUUAUGUAUGCAUGAAGCUAUGUGUGUAUGUAUGUAUGUAUGCAGAGGUAGAUAAGCCAGAUCUAUUGUCAUAUAUACAUGUAUAAUACUAUUUUUAUGUCGAGGCCAUACAUACAUACAUACAUACAUGCAUACACACGUAGACACAGUAAUGAGAAGCCUUAAUGAGCUGUACAUACAUAGACAUACACAUAUGUAUACUCACACACGUAUACACUCACUAAGUACCCGAAACGUCCACUAUGAUGUCCGUUCGUCGCCGUACUUACGGGUAGAGUUGACGGCGCCGAAGCAGGAGGAGGAGGAGGAGGAAGAGGAAGCGCUGGAGGAGGAGGAGGAGGAGGUGGAAGAGCUGGAGCUGGAGGAGGAGGAGGAGCGCGCCGCCGCCGCCGUCGUGCAACCAAGAAACACCGCCAGGACGUGAUAUUAGCCAAGGUCUCGCUGCUUGUCCGCGUCCUCGUGUCGUCUCGACCUCGUCCUCGUGUCCUGUGAAGGGGAGGGCGUGCUGGUGGUGGCUGGGGAGGCUGUGUUGUGAGGGAGGGGGGAGGGGGGCAGUGGAGUGGGUGGUGGAGGGUGGGUGUGUUGGUCGCCGGGCACUCCGUCUCAUCGCUCAAGGAGUAGCUGUUGGUAGUGUAGGUGUAGGCGUAGCGGCCCGCGGGUGUUGAUACACUUAUAUAUAUAUAUAUAUUAUUAAUAUUAUUAUUACUACUACUACUGUGCCGCGUAUCAACUCUCUCUCCGCCUUAAGCGAUGCACGACACGCGCGUUGGCCGGCGCGUGUCUUGUCGUGUCGUCUGUGCCAAACUGUCACGAGGAAUUACAGAAACAAAAUGUCUAUUUUUUUGUGUGCGUGCGUGCGUGUGUGACGGGCGGCGGGCAGCGGCGGGCGGGGCGAGCCUCGCCGCACACCGCGUUGCUCAACGUGUCCAGAGUUCCUCGGCGAGGGUGUCCUGCCCCGCCCCGCGGCGGCCCGGCGGGGGAGGCGCCGGGGCCGCGCCCCCCGCCCCCCUGCGCCGCCACGCCCACAGGACCUUACCGCUGCUAUGUAGUUCGUAAGAGGAACAACAUCGCCAGUGUUGCUGUUAUUAAUGUGUUUUAACAUUGGAUGACGCUGCCGUGCCUGGCGGCCCCGGGGGGCGGGGCGGGGGCCGGGGCGCGGCACCCCGGGCGUGGCUGGCGCCCACAUUUGUAUAUUUUCUUGGUUGUGUUGAUUUCCUCCGUGAGGUCGGGGGCGGCGCCCCCGCUAACCCCGCCUCAAGAAAUCGUAUUCUUAAACCUUGUAAUUAUCUUGAAUUCUUAGCCACGUGAAAAAUUGUAAUUAUUUUAUAUUGCACGAUAUUUUACGAUUUUUGCAAACAUCUAAUAAAUACAUGAAUGUGCCUA